UGCUUGUUACUUAUUAACAAGUUGAACGUACGUCAUUAUUUACAGGCUGUAGUUGCCUGUGAAUUAGCUUAGUCAGACGCCCCGAACCGCCCUCUGAUUGGCUGCUGUCUUCACUUCAAAACCGCUCUUUGAUGGCGGAUUAUUUACCGACAAAACCAUUUGGAUCCAAGAGCGUAAUUCUUGAGUUGUUAUCCAGCAGCUGUCUGGGUAAAAUCAUGUCUCUGUCUCGGCCCCCUCGGCUUGUUUGGACACCGUGGUAUUACGAGAGAAAAAAAAGACAGAAGGAGAAAAAAAAUGUGUGCAAUGGAACGUGUCGAACAAUCUACUCACCCAGAUAUGAAGCGACCAAAGAGCCCCGACGAAGGCCGUCCUGCCGAGGGUCAGCGGGGACGGGGGGAGGACAUGGAGGAGGAAGAUGAGGAGGAGAGGAAGGGGGCGGCCGUGCACAGGGCCAAACGCGAGCGGCGCCAAGGCUGCAGCACGGCCACGAUGUGCCGAGUGUGCAACAUCCAGCUGAACUCCAACGCGCAGGCCCAGAUCCACUACAGGGGGAAGACGCACCAGAGGAGGCUGCGCCGACUGGCGAAGGCCGUCAGCACAGGUACCCUCUCCCAGAGCCAGGUCCACCCGCUCCUGGGCUCCCUGGCUCUGCCGGGUCGGCCCUUCCCGCCACGGACUCACGCCCAGCUGGAGCACUUCCUGCCGCUCAGGAUCAACGGCUCCUCGCCGCUCAGCCUCUUCCCCAAUUUUAGCACGAUGGACCCAGUGCAGAAGGCCGUGAUCAACCACACCUUUGGCGUGGCUCCAUCGCCCAAGAAGAAACCCGUCAUUUCCUGUAACAUCUGUCACCUGCGCUUCAACUCCACUAUCCAGGCGGAGGCCCACUACAAAGGUCACAAACAUGCUCGCAAGAUGAAGGCCUUGGAGACCCAAAGGAACCGGCAGAAGAACGGUCGCGGUCCGACUGCAACGGGGAAAGACAGAGGCCGGGAGAGGGAGACGAUGGGAAGAGGAAUGGUGCCCAUAGACUCCCAUUUCAAAGACAUACCAGACCUGAGUACUUCAUCCCAACCAGAAAACCUGCAGGGAACCCUGCUGGCACCUACCGCGCCCUCGCAGGCGCCACCCACAGACUCCUCCUCCCCGCGGUCUCCUCAGCUCCCCCCUCAAGUCCCCGCCGGCUCUCAGCUCGACAGUCCGCCUUCAGAUGGUCCGCCCGCGGCAGGGUGCGGCCCGGCCCCCGGGUCAGCCACUCGCUCUGACCCCCAGGAGAGCACCGCGGGAGGCGAGAAAGCGGCGGCGGUGAAGCGGCAAGAGGCUGAAGAGGCCAAGGGCGACAAAAAAACGCAUCACUGUCCCACGUGCAAAGUGACCGUCAAUUCCAGCUCCCAGUUGGAGUCUCACUGUAGUGGCUCGAAGCACAAACAGAUGCUUGACGGUCACCGCAGCAGCCACUUACAACGCAGGGUCAAGAUGACAUCAUCGCCCAGGCCCACCAGCCGAAUUAGGCAGCGAAUGAGCAACAAGACCAGAGCGGUUGUGGGUGUAUCCAGCAAGCCGUUUAACUGUGACUUGUGCCAGGUGUCAGUCAACUCAGAUACACAGCUGAAGCAGCACAUUAGCAGCAGGAGACACAAAGAACGUUUGGCUGGGAAGCCUGUCAAGGCGAAGUUCACACCCUAUAAUAAACUACAGUCCAGUGCAAUCUUAGCGACUAAACUGGCCUUGCAGAAGCAGCUGUCCAAGGCCCUGCCGGCAGGGUUCCUGACCAACCACCUCAAUCCAGCUGCUUUGUGCACCAUGGCGUCCGGACCCUUGGCGCUACGGUUUCCGCCGGGUCCAACGGCCUUCAUCCACGGCCCCCUGAUCAGCCCCACGCUCUUCAGGCCUGCUCCGGGACCUCUGAGGGCCACACAUGGACCUAUUAUCUUCUCUCCUUACUAGCAAUGAGCCACGCCAGGCCCAGAGGACGUACAGAAGAGCGGAGCCAACCUAGCCAAAUCUGGAGCGGGCAGGAUUAGCUUGGUAUCUGAAGAUAAAGCCCGGGACACCGUGAGGGACACCAGUACACUGUUAUGCCAUGAUGGCAGCAUGUUAAGUUGUGCAGAUGCAAGUCGUGAGAACAAGUAAGCACAAUCUCCUGGUGUGGCUUGAGAUUUCAGUGCCGACGGACCAGGAAAGGUCCAUCGCUCAGCUGUUCCAUCUCAACAAACUUUUGAGUGCAUGUUCCCCGGAGUCUGGACCCCUCUUAAAGCCAUAAUGACAAGCAUCUUAUAGUUUCAUGUAUAGGACAAUAAUAUACUAAUAAACUAGAGUGUGUAAAUGUUAUGUGUUUGUUGACAAAAUUAAGGUCAAGGAAAUCCAGAGUGAAAGUGGGUAUUUCCAUACAACCAUCCUCCUCUAAUGGAAAAGCGUAGGAAUAUCCACAACUACCGAUUGCUGAGGAUAUUCAAUCUCAACAAGUGUACAUCUUUACAGUUGUUGUCUGACGUGGAUGCAUUCUGAUUAUUUUUGACAAUACUUUGAUUUUUUACAUGUUGUGUUUCACUCUUGCUCUCUGUCUUAUGAGGUGACAAUCAACCAACACUCUGAAAUGAUGCCAAGAAUACUCGCCAUAUAGACAGGCUACAUAUAUGAUGUAUACAAUGAGAUUUAAGAUUUAUGUGGAUUAAUAAGUUAUUUACUAUUUACAGCUUGAUGCUGUUUGUGCAAUAUGAAGAUACAGGCUGAUUUCUAAUGCUAAUUCUCAAGAUGAUUUAUUCACAGAUAUUUAAAUGUACCUUUGAUUUCUUUAUUAAAACUGUUAUUUUUCCUAUAAAGCUGUAUUAAAUUCCCUUCCACUAACCCCUCCCCUUAAGCCGAAUCAUCCUAAGGAAUAUGUGUUUUUGAAGUCCCACCUGGUAAAAUUAAUGACGUGUGCAUCAAUUGCAAUAAUGUAAAUGAUUAUGUGCUAAAAAUGUCAAUAAUGUAUUCUAUAUGAACUUAUAAAUAGUAAUGUUUUUUUA